UCCCAAGUCCCAAUACAUACGCUUGCACGCUUUUCCUUCCACCUUCCACACCUUCAAAUUCAAUAACUAAAUUAAAACACACCCAUUUUAUUAAUCUGCAAUACACUAUCUUACACACAUACUCACAUAUUCUCAGUUAUCCAUGUUCACUUGAAUCCACAAUAAAAUAUCACACACACACUCCAAUAAAACAUGGCCAGGUAUGAGUACAUGUACACCUCUUUCCUUUGUGUUUUUCUUCUCUAUUGCUGCUACUGCCCCAUCAUGGUGAUGUCUCAGCUAUCUCAAAACCAAACUAGCACCAUGGCCAAUCUCUCCAAGCUACUUGGUACCUCUGCUCCAUGGAAUAGUGGCAAUCAUUCAAAUCCAUGUUCAUGGAAUGGAGUCACUUGUGACUCUACCAAAUCCCAUGUCAUCAUGAUUUCUCUAUCUGGGAACUCUCUCUCUUCCAGUGACUUCCUUCCUGUUCUUUGCCAACUUGAAACCCUGCAGCAUCUUGAUGUAUCCAACAACAGUCUCGCCUCAAUCCCUGAUGAGUUCAUUACUGAAUGCGGAAAGAUGAAGUACUUAAAGCUGCUGAAUUUCAGUAGAAACCUCUUAUCAGGUUCUUUACCUACUUUCCUUGGUUUUGAUGCACUUGAAUACCUGGACAUGUCUUUCAAUGUAUUGGGAAGUAGUAUUGAUAUUCAGUUAGAUGAAAUGAUUAGGCUCAAGAGUUUGAACCUUACUCACAACAACUUCAAUGGUACUCUUCCCACCAAAUUGGGCAAGUCCAUGGUUCUGGAGCAACUUGUGCUCUCUAACAACCAAUUUCAAGGAGAAAUCCCUGAAGAACUGUUUAGUUAUGAAAACUUGACUUCGAUUGAUCUCGGGGGAAAUACCCUUUCAGGUGCAAUUCCUACCCAUAUUGUACAGCUAUCUAAGUUGCAAACUUUGAUUCUUUCCUCUAAUCACCUCAGUGGUCCAAUUCCAAUCUCAAUCCUGAACAUCACAACCCUUGUAAGAUUUGCUGCAAACCUGAACCGUUUCAGUGGUUCUUUACCUUCUGACAUUUCAAAUAAUCUUAUCAGUUUGGAUCUUAGUGGCAAUAAUUUGUCUGGUCCCAUUCCAAAAAACAUUUUAUCUUCACCAAAAAUGGAGGUUGUGGAUUUGUCCAAUAAUACUUUGAGUGGAACAUUGUUACUCACAAGUAUUUCUCCUAGCAUGAUCAGGUUGAGAUUAGGGAACAAUUUGCUGAAGGGAGACAUUCCCUCAGAUGCUUUUGCAAAAGCUCAGAAUUUGACAUACUUGGAGCUGGAAAGUAAUGCACUGACAGGAGCAAUUCCAGCUAUAUUGGGUUCUUGCCUCAACCUGGCAUUGCUGGAUUUGUCUCAGAAUCAUUUGAGUGGGACAUUGCCACCAGAGCUUGGAAAUCUUCGCAAUCUUCAAGUCUUAAAACUUCAAAUGAACAAGUUUAAUGGCACAAUCACAACUCCAUUUCAAAUUGGCCAACUACAAAAGUUGUUAACACUGAAUUUGAGCCAGAACUCUUUGACCGGAUCGAUUCCAUCCCAGAUAUCAAGCUUGAGCAACCUUAAGUUCCUGAACUUGCAAAUGAACAACCUGAGUGGUUCCAUACCUCCAUCCAUUGGCAUCUCAAAAAGCCUUCUGGAUCUUCAACUAGGUGGAAACCAACUAAGUGGUGCUAUCCCAAGUAUGCCAAUAUCUCUACAGGUUGCCGUGAAUCUUAGUCACAACAACUUUAGUGGAUCCAUUCCCAGCAGUUUGAGUAGUUUGGAUAACCUGGAAAUAUUGGAUCUCUCGUAUAACAAAUUCUCUGGUGGAGUUCCUGGUGAUCUAGCCGGAAUGUCAUCUUUGACAGAGUUGUUACUUACUAACAACAAUCAGCUUUCUGGUGUUCUUCCAAAAUUUACCCAUUUUGUUCAAGUUGAAUACAAUGGAACCAGUUUAGUACUGGCUCCUACAUCGGACAACCCAACACCAAGCUAUUACCCGGGAUCUAGAAAGAAGGGAUCAUCUGUUGUUGUGGCAAUCCUUGUUGCAAUUGCAGCAGCCGUGUUUCUUGUUGGCCUUGUCACUCUGCUGCUUGUACUUGUGUCACGACACUAUUCGAAGGUUAACGAUGAGAAUAUACAUUCAGGCGAAGAUCAUCGCCUUCCUCAGGUUGUCCAAAGUCAUUUGUUAACUCUUAAUGGUCUCCACAGAUCAAACAUUGACUUCUCCAAGGCCAUGGAAGCAGUUGCUGAAACAUCCAAUGUUACUUUGAAGACCAGGUUUUCAACUUAUUACAAGGCCAUCAUGCCAUCUGGAUCAAUCUAUUUUGUCAAGAAGAUGAAUUCAACUGAAAGGGCAUUGCCAGCGAGCAGCCAUGUUAGAAUUGGGAAAGAGAUGGAGGCCUUGGCGAAAUUGAACAAUUCAAAUGUCAUGACUCCUUUAGCCUAUGUUUUGUCCAGUGAUGCAGCUUACACAUUAUAUGAGUUUGUCUCAAAUGGUUCCCUCUUUGAUGUUCUUCAUCAUGGAAGCAUGGGAAACUCUUUGGAUUGGGCUAGCAGAUAUAGUAUAUCAGUUGGUGUGGCUCAAGGUCUCUCUUUUCUUCAUGGCAUCACCUCAAGUCCAUUACUACUUCUUGAUCUGUCAAGUAAAAGUAUUAUGCUCAAGUCCCUCAAGGAGCCUCUGGUUGGAGAUAUUGAACACUACAAGGUCAUUGAUCCUUCCAAAAGUACAGGAAAUUUUUCUGCUCUUGCUGGUUCUGUUGGCUAUGUUCCUCCAGAGUAUGCAUACACAAUGACAGUAACAGUGGCUGGGAAUGUAUAUAGCUUUGGGGUCAUCCUGCUUGAACUGCUGACUGGAAAGCCUGCAGUGACAGAGGGAACCGAAUUGGUGAAGUGGGUUUUGCAUAAUUCGAUGAACAAAGAUUACAUUCUUGAUUCCAAUGUUAGCAAAACAUCUCAAGCGGUGAGAAACCAGAUGCUAGCAAUUCUGCAGAUUGCUCUUGUUUGUGUUAGUACAUCCCCAGAAACAAGACCAAAGAUGAAGAGUGUGCUAAGAAUGCUUCUUAAUGCUAGAUAGAUGAAGUCAUCAUAGUAUUUGUUCUGCAAGGUUGCAAUGAAAUAAAUCUUCUAAGUAGGAACUUUUCUUUUCUAGCAUAGAAUUUACAGAUGAAAGAUAGAAUAUCUGAUAGCACAGAUUUUGCUUAGUAUGCUAUUUUUGUAUAGUGAAAUCAUAUUAGAUCAUACAUACAAGUGUUGAUGUCAUUUAGUUUAAGGUGUUGGAUUCUAGAUCCUCCCAUUCCAGAGGAAAAUUUUAAGAAGGAUCUAAACUUUAUCAAGGAUUUUAUAUACAUAUUAAUACUAUGAUAGCAAUGUUAUUUUC